AUGUCAUGUUUCAAUACAACCCACAUCACCAACCCCUCCACCUUCAUCCUGAUGGGCAUCCCUGGCCUGGAGGCCACCCAUGUCUGGAUCUCCAUCCCCUUCUGCAUCAUGUACAUCAUAGCCAUCUUGGGAAACUUGACCAUCCUCUUCAUCGUGAAGACAGAGCCGAGGCUCCACCAGCCCAUGUACUAUUUCCUCUGCAUGCUGGCCGUCACCGACCUGGUCCUGUCCACAACCACCCUGCCCAAAACUCUGACCAUCUUCUGGUUCAGCUCCAGGAGCAUCAAUUUCGGUGCCUGCCUCACCCAGAUGUUCUUCCUUCACUGCUUUUCAGUGAUGGAGUCUGGGAUCCUCGUGGCCAUGGCUUUCGAUCGCUUCGUGGCUAUUUGUGAUCCUCUAAGACAUUCCACCAUCCUGAGUAAUCCCAUCUUGCUGAGGUUUGGCCUGGCUGUGGUGCUGCGUGGCACCAUGCUCAUACUGCCCUAUCCCCUCCUGGCAAGGCAGUGGCCAUAUUGCAGAACCAACAUCAUCCCGCACACUCACUGUGAGCACAUGGCCGUGGUGAAGCUGGCCUGCGCCGACAUCCGCAUCAGUAAUUACUACAGCCUGUCUGUGGCACUCUCUGUGAUGUGUCUGGAUCUGUUUCUUAUUGCUGUGUCCUACACCCAGAUCCUCAGGGCCAUAUUCAGACUCCCCACCAAUGAUGCCCGGCUGAAGACUUUUGGGACCUGCAGCUCCCACCUCAGCGUCAUCUUAGCCUUCCAUGUCCCACGUCUCUUCUCCUUCCUCACGCAUCGGUUUGGCAUCAAUGUGCCCCUGCAUUUCUACGUUCUCAUUGCCAAUGUCUACCUCCUGGUGCCCCCCAUGCUAAACCCCAUCAUCUACGGGGUGAGGACUACGCAGAUCCGGGACAGGCUGCUCAGGCUGUUUACUCAUAAAUGGACCAAAAGUUUUGUCCUGGUUCUCAAGCUCUUAGACUGA